GAGGCAGCAGCACAUGACAUAAGAUGCUCCAGAUCUGCCUCCUGGGCGCUAGUUUAAAAAUAAAGGAUAUUACACGUCGGUGAGGGGAGGCUGCGGGACCGGCGAUGCGCGGGACAGUGCUGUGUGAGUCAGACGCCAGGAUGGCACUUGCAGAACCAGUCUCCUCCGUGGCUUAUUGCAAUUCAGCUCUUCAAGGCAGCUGCGAGGUGGCAGGGGAAGAUGUGCUGCUCAACUCUUCACCCAGAACUGCUGAGCCACACAACAGCCAGCCAGGGGAAGAUUCCAAGAUUGAGGACUAUCAGGUGAACUCACUCGGUCCCAAAGCAGCCCCCUCCUCUCCUGGCUCCAGCAUGUGGACAACACGUCGUGAUGGGGAGGUCAAGCUGAGGAUGGAGGAGCAGGGCCCUGGCAGCGAGGCCCCAAAAACUGUGCACCAGCUCUUCCAGGAAAGUGUCAGCAAAUACAGCAACUUUUAUGCCCUUGCAUCCAAAAAAAAUGGCAAGUGGGCAAAGCUGACGUAUAAGAUGUACUAUGAUGAGUGCUGGAAAGCAGCCAAAAGCUUUCUGAAGCUGGGGCUGGAGCGUUUCCAUGGAGUGGGCAUCCUGGGAUUCAAUUCUGCUGAGUGGUUCAUUGCUGACAUUGGAGCUAUCCUUGCAGGGGGAUUUGCUGUUGGGAUCUACACUACAAACUCUCCUGAGGCCUGUCAUUAUGUAGCAGAGAACUGCAGUGCCAAUGUCAUAGUGGUGGAAAACCAUAAACAGCUGCAGAAGAUCUUAGAAAUUGAACACAGACUACCUCAUCUGAAGGCCAUUGUCCAGUACGGGGAGGAGAUCAAAGAGCAGAGACCAAAACUGUACUCGCUGACGUGGACGGCGGCGGCGGCCGCGCGCUUCAUCAUGCUGAGGGACGCCCGGGAGAAGCAGGAGGAGGUGGUCAGCUACCUGCCCCUGAGCCACAUUGCUGCACAGAUGUGUGACAUUUGGGCAGCCAUGGCCCUCGGAGUGCAAGUUUACUUUGCCCAACCAGAUGCAUUGAAGGGCAGCUUGGUGGAGACCCUGCGAGAAGUGAGGCCAACUGCUUUUCUGGGAGUUCCUCGUGUCUGGGAGAAAAUGGAAGAGAAAAUGAAAUCCGUGGGCAUGAAAGCCUCAGCGAUCCGACGGAAAGUGGCAGCGUGGGCCAAGGGAGUGGGGCUGCAGACCAACCUCAAGAAGAUGGAUGGGCGCUUGGACGAGCCGGUGAAUUUCCGCCUGGCCCGGCAGUUGGUGUACAGGAAGGUGCGCAAGGCCAUCGGGCUGGAGCGCUGCACCAAGUGCUACACUGGGGCUGCCCCCAUCACCAGAGAGACCCUGGAGUUCUUCCUGAGCCUCAACAUCCCCGUGAUGGAGCUCUAUGGCAUGAGUGAGAGCUCUGGGCCCCACACCAUCUCCCUCCCUCACGCCUUCAAGCUCGGCAGCUGUGGGAAGGUGCUGUCAGGGUGCCACACCCUGAUCCAUAAACCAGACAUGGAUGGCAUUGGGGAGAUCUGCUUCUCAGGCAGGCAUGUCUUCAUGGGCUACCUGAACAUGGAGGACAAAACCAGAGAAGCCAUUGAUGAGGAUGGCUGGCUGCACUCAGGGGACCUGGGCAAGCAUGACAAGGAUGGAUUCCUCUUCAUCACAGGCAGAAUUAAAGAGCUCAUCAUCACAGCAGGAGGUGAGAACAUUCCUCCUGUUCCAAUCGAGGAUGCUGUCAAGAACGCUGUUCCCAUCAUCAGCAAUGCCAUGCUGGUUGGAGACAAAGCCAAAUUCCUUUCCAUGCUCCUGACACUAAAGUGCGUGGUGGAUGCAGACACUGGUGAGCCUGGAGAUGAGCUCAGUCCAGAAGCUCUGGCCUUCUGUCAGAGGCUGGGCAGCAAGGCCACCAAGGUCUCAGAAAUCAUCAGCAGCAAAGACAAGGCCAUCUACACUGCCAUCCAGAAAGGGAUCUCUGCUGUCAAUGAGAAAGCUGUGUCCAAUGCCCAGAAAGUGCAGAAGUGGGUCCUGCUGGAGAAGGACUUCUCCCUGUUUGGUGGAGAGCUUGGCCCCACCAUGAAGCUGAAGAGGCCGGUGGUGGCUCAGAAAUACCGGGACCGGAUCGCUCAGUUUUACACGGACACCGAACCCCCCUCGGGGGAGCCCUCGGCCCGGCCAUAGGGCCCGCCCUGGAACCGCCCCCAGGACACUCCAGCUGCCCACGAGGGAUUCCCCGGGUGGAUCCUGCUGAAAUAAAGAAGCUCAGCCUUCAGGCAGCCCCUUUGCUGUCCAUGUCCUGCAGUGUGGUGAGCGUGGUCCUGCCCAUGUUCUCCUGUGUCUUGUGUCCCUUGCUGAGAUGUCCCAAAUAUCUCAGCUUCGUAUUUUUUAUUUCCAUUUUUAUAAGGGCGAUAUGAUGUUUACCUGAAAUCCCUGGGAUCUGUUACGUUCUAACCAAAGUUUUCUUUUCCUGAGAUGAAUGUAAAACAGGAGCUGCAAAUCAGGAGCUGCCCUUUUUCUGCUGAGGGAGAAAAGCAGAUUUCAUUUUCCAGCAGUGUCCUCACUCCCUGCUGCACGUUUCCCUGCAUGCUGAUGGCAUCCUCAUAAUUUUAAAUCUCCUUCCCCACAAACUAUUCCUGUCUGAGAUGACAAAUGCUCUGUGUGACUACACACAGCAGUGGAGGUGGAACCUCACAUGAACUGGGCUUGUCUGUGCAAUAUUUUGAGUUUGUUUUACCUUUUUGAGUUAUAAUGAAGCCAUAAAUUGUAUUGUUGAAGUUGUAUCCAUGGCUGGUAGUCUAAGAAGUGAUUUACUCCAGGGAUUAUUUAUAAGGCUGUGUACAAUGUGUGAAAUGUGUCUGUAUUUUACAAUUCA